AUGGAGAGUUGCGUCAUACGACCGUCAUACGACCGUCAUACGUCCGUCAUACGUCCGUCAUACGUCCGUCAUACGUCCGUCAUACGUCCGUCAUACGUCCGUCAUACGUCCGUCAUACGACCGUCAUACGUCCGUCACACGUCCGUCAUACGUCCGUCAUACGACCGUCAUACGUCCGUCAUACGUCCGUCAUACGACCGUCAUACGUCCGUCUCUGUCAUAUGUCCGUCAUACGAGCGUCAUACGUCCGUCAUACGUCCGUCAUACGUCCACCAUACGAGUGUCAUACGUCCGUCAUACGUCCGUCAUAAGUCCGUCAUACGUCUGUCAUACGUCCGCCAUACGAGUGUCAUACGUCCGUCAUACGUCCGUCAUACGUCCGUCAUACGUCAGUCAUACGUCCGUCAUACGAGCGUCAUACGUCCGUCAUACGUCCGUCAUACGAGCGUCAUACGACCGUCAUACGUCCGUCAUACGUCCGUCAUACGUCCGUCAUACGUCCGUCAUUCGUCCGUCAUACGUCCGUCAUACGAGCGUCAUACGUCCGUCAUACGUCCGUCAUACGAGCGUCAUACGACCGUCAUACGUCCGUCAUACGUCCGUCAUACGUCCGUCAUACGACCGUCAUAUGUCCGUCAUACGUCCGUCAUACGUCCGUCAUACGUCCGUCAUACGAGCGUAUAA